GCUUCUGCGGCCUGUGCGGCGUCCGCGCAGAGCACCCCCGGGGCGGUCGCGGCGGCGGGGUCGUCGGGCCUCCUGCGCCGGCCGCCCUUCGGCGCUCACGACGCCACGGCGUGGUGAGUGACACGUACCGAGAGCCGGAGCGGCGGGUCUGAGCUGGCCGUCCCGCCCUCCGCCCACGCUCCCCUGCUUCCGCUCUCUCUUCCUCCUGUGGCCUGUCCUCUCUCCUUUCUCCGCCGUUCCCCCUCCUGUGGUUCACCCCGCGUCGGUCCUCCACCUCACUUUGCGAGCUGGCCGCCGCUUGCUGUCCGUUUCCCUUAAGAGCUGUGCGUGGUCCGCAGUUUUGGGGGGACUGGACUUUACCUGGCUUCUAGCAGCUCCGAGCCCCGACCGUCUGUCUGCUGGCCAGGGACCGAUUCCGGGAGGGCUGGGUGGGCUCCGUGCAGCCGCCUGCCUGGACAGGAUGUUUGCUAGAGGGCUGAAGAGGAAAUAUGGUGACCAGGAAGAAGGAGUAGAGGGUUUUGGCACUGUCCCUUCCUAUAGCCUACAGCGACAGUCACUCCUGGACAUGUCCCUUGUCAAGCUCCAGCUCUGUCACAUGCUAGUGGAACCCAAUCUCUGCCGCUCAGUCCUCAUCGCCAACACAGUCCGGCAGAUCCAGGAGGAAAUGAGCCAGGAUGGCAUGUGGCAUGGGCUGGCACCCCAGAAUGUAGAACGGGCACCAACUGACCGCCUAGUGUCCACAGAGAUCCUGUGUCGUACGGUGAGGGGAGCUGAGGAAGAGCACUCCACUUCUGAACUGGAAGAUGGUCCCUUGCAAAACUCAGUUUCCGAGCUUCCCGUAGUUGGCUCAGCACAGGGGCAAAGGAACCCUCAGAGCAGCCUCUGGGAGAUGGACAACCCACAAGAAAAUCGGGGAAGCUUUCAGAAGUCACUGGACCAGAUAUUUGAGACCCUGGAGAACAAAAACUCCAGUUCAGUGGAGGAACUCUUCUCAGAUGUGGACAGCUCCUACUAUGACCUGGACACAGUGCUAACAGGAAUGAUGAGUGGGACCAAGUCCAGUCUCUGCAAUGGCCUGGAGAGCUUUGCGGCAGCUGCUCCUCCUCCCAGUUCCACCUGCAAGCCUGACCUGGCUGAGCUGGACCAUGUGGUAGAGAUUCUGGUGGAGACCUGAGAGGACGCCCCAGUGGGCCAAGGACAAGGCCACCACUCCCCAUGGAGCUCACAUGUGCUGUGACCCAGAGACAGACAAGCACUUGUCCUAAGAGGGGCUCUGACUCUUCAGCAAGGGUCUCCAUCUCUGUCUAUGAAAAUAUCCAGGACCGAUAUUCCUCUGCAAGGAUUGCAACCCUGGUGCUGCUGCCUCAGGCUAGUUCCCUGGGGAGGACAGAAUAGAUGCCAUCUCAAGGGACUGGGCUCUCUGAAGGCUUGUGGGUCCUGAGCUCAUUAUCCUGUUUCUGUGACGUUGGAAUCACUGUGGAGGAUGGUGUGCCACAUCUAUGUCAAUUUUAAAUUAGAUAGGUGAACUUUCUAAAACUAAGUUUUAUAUGUUUUGGGCAAUAUUUUGUCUUAAGAUAUAUUUUUUAAACUUUUUAUACUUUAGAUUUUUUUCAGCUAUUUUCUUAAAAGUAUAUUUUUUCUACAAACAUCCUCUGCUGCUACAUUAGAAACAUUGAUAACCUAAAUACGAUUGGUGUGUGUCAUUUUUAAAGUUUAAAUAGAAAACUUUUUUGUUAAUGAGUCUCUACACUCCCAAGGCGACUGUAAAUGUAGCCUGCCAGGUGUUUACUUGAGAGGCUCCAUUAUGGUCUACAUUCUAGUAGAGAGCUUGAAAUGAGAACCAUGCACAGCUCUACUGCCCCCCUCACUGGGUCUGCUCUGCAAGAGCUGGCUUCCUAGGCUUUCAUGUGCUGGAUGGUUUUAUUUAUGCCUAUUUAUAUGUAAAUGCCGCUGUAGGCUAAGGUCUUAUGUCUGGAAAUCACCACACCAGUUCUUCAGAGACUGCUGUGAGGCAGUGCCUUAUGCAGGUCUUGUUCUUGGCCAUCAUUGUCUGGUUCCCAGCCCAGCAUGUGUGACGAGGACAUGACAUCCCAAUUACAUCCAACACUGCAUGCUCUUUUACAUGGAGACCACUGGCUCCCAGUCAUGUGUGUGCUUAGAAAGGAUGUGGAGUCUCACCAUGUGCUCAGUGGGAAAUACCUGUGCUUGCUUGCUUUUAAAAUGGUGCUUGAACAUUUUAAGGUUAAAAACAAUCUGACUCCAUUUAAUUUAUCCCAGGUGUCCCCUAUGCUGUCUGUCUGCUUGGAUCUCAAGGCCUUGAUACCUGAUCGCAUGUCAGACUCCACCCCCAUGUAUGCUUUUUGUUUCUCUUGUGCUUUUUUUGGUCUUCCCCACCUGAGCCUAAGAGGUUUUAUUUUGUAUGUGUGUAUGACUAUUCUUCAAUAUCAACAAUGUAAACCUCUCUUUAUUAAAAGUAUCCAGCAAA